AUGGCGCCAACGCCACCAUCUUUGCGUUUACUCUCCACCGUCCAGUCACUCGGCCUGGGACGAUCCACUUCGCCUCGUCGAUUCUCGUCUCUUCGUCAAUCUCUUUUACUCCACCCUUCGACCCUAGCUCUCGCUUCUCUCUCCUUCUUUCUCCUCCUUCCCUUCACUGUAGUCUCGACGUCUCCAGACGAGUUUCCGCCUCCUCAUCCCGACGACGUUGCCGCGUUGAUCGCGCUCAAGGCGACUUGGGGCGGCUUUCAGGGUUCCGACACGUGGCGCGUAACCCGCUCUUGCCGCGAGUGGAAAGGCGUGACAUGUGACCCAGCCAACGGUCGAGUCAGGCGGAUCGACCUGUCCGGAUGUCAGAUUCAGGGUAGGCUGCAUAGGGAUAUCGGCAAUCUUCCCGCUAUGGAGUCACUCAUUUUAAGCAACAACGAGAUCGAUGGUUUUCUGCCUGUUACUUUAUCCCGUUUAUCGAAGCUGCAGUCGCUGUUCCUAGAUAGGAACAAACUCAGCGGGCGAAUCCCGGUUGGGUUGGGGUCGUUACCGAAUCUUCGCAUGAUCGACUUUGGUUUCAACAAUUUGACCGGCGCGAUUCCAGACGAUAUCGGUUACAGUAGGUCGAUCACUUCGCUCAUUCUACAGCACAACCAAAUUGGCGGGAAAAUUCCGUCCUCUUUAGGAGCAUCCCCGUCUCUGUCUGUACUCAUCCUCAAUAACAACCGCAUCGAUGGGCAGAUUCCGUACGCUAUAGGAACAGCUCCGAAUCUGUAUUCGCUGGACUUGAGUCACAACAGACUGUACGGACGGAUUCCCGAUGUGUUUUCGCGUUCGCCCAGCCUUUACAUGUUCAACGUGGCGAACAACUUUCUCACCGGUCAGCUGCCCGAUUUCCCUGCGAAAAAUGGCGACAUUAACGGCGAAUCCGAGUUUUUCGUCGACGUGUCGAGCAACUACCUGUACGGGCCGCUGAAAAUGAUGAUGGGAAACGUUUCAAUCUGCCCAACAAGUGACCGCGUGCCUGGCUUGCGAGUUUCAGUGGGGGGUAACUGCAUGUCCGGAUCUUUCAGCUGCCCGCUACACUUUCUCCAGCCUCAGCGAAAGCCCGCCAAUUGCAACGCUUUCUGCAAGACAUUUUCGUUCGCCGGGCAGUGCGGCGGGCAGGGAACGUGCAUUCCCAAAAGCUCGAUUUCUCAACGCCUGAUGCGGAAUGUGACGUGUGCUUGUAACGAGGGUUACCUGCCCGAUCCUAAGGAUCCGUUCGUGUGUCGCGAGGAGGGGGAGCUUUCGGAGCAAAAGGAGGACGUACUGCGGAAAGAAGCACUGUGGAGGGCGGAGGCGGAGGUGGAAAGCGGCGGAGGGGAGGCGGAGGGGUGGCGAGGGGCGGAAGUGGAGGAGCGAGAGGAAACGGUGCAGGGGGAGGAAUAUCAGGGGGAAGGGGAAGAGGGGGAGGGGGGGGAAGGGCAAUGGGUGUCGGUCGGAGAUUUAACGGAGCAGGAGGCGGAAACAAGCGCGGCGGAAGGGGGGGAUGAGGUGAGCGUGGGAGAGUGGGGAGAGGUACGGGUCGGAGGAAGGGCGGGGAAAGGACGGGGAACAGGGGGAGCGGGGGGAGCAGGGGCAGCGGCGGAAGGCAGAGUGGACAGGAUGUUGAGGGGUAGCUGGGGGCUAGGGAGGGCGUUGGGGGAAGGGGGACGGAGGUGGGGGGAAGGGGGACAAGCGGGGAAUGAGGGGACGGCGGGAAUUUGGAGGAAAAGAUACUCCAACACGAGAUAUGACAGAUAUGACGCGUUUCCUUAA